UGUUAGUUUGAAUCCUACUUGGCUUCAAAUCCCAUCCCUCUUACUUGGCUGUGUGACGUUGGACAACUUUCCUAAUUUCCCCAAGUCUCAGUUUCCUUAUCUACAAAAUAUAGGUAAUUCUACUUAUAGGAUUGCUCUGAGAGAGAAAAAAGAUAAUCCAGUAAAACACUUAGAACUGCGGUGUUACAUAGUAAGCACUCAAUAAAUGUUGGCUCAUUUAUAUAGCAGAAUGAUGGUUUCUUAUACUAUUUCCAUUGCAUUGUUUUCUGUAAAGCCACUUUUUUAGUUGGAAGUAUUUUUUCUAAAUGAUUGUGUUUUAUGUAAUAUGUGAUGUUUGAGAUAUUUACUGUUAAAUACUUCAGGUAUUGUAAGUUUUUUUUUUUUUUCAAUCAGGGUCAUUCAUCUUUAUAUUCUCCAAAAUAUCUUGCAUGUAAUAUGUACCAAUAUAUAAUGUUUUGAAUGAAAGAGUGUUGAAACUGUUGAGUUGCUGCAGUCUGUUUCAUUGAUUUAUGCAUUUCUAAUCAGUUAUCAGUAGAUGGCAGUAGUUCGUUUCUAUUUUUAUCUCUACUCCAUUCUACAAUAAAACCAAAAAAAAAAAACCCAUUGCCAUCGAGUGGAUUCUGGCUCACAGUGACCCUAUAGGCCAGAGUAGAGCUGCUCUGUAGGGUUUCCAAGGAACAGCUGGUGGAUUGGAACUGCUGACCUUUUGGUUAGCAGCCGAGUUCUUAACCAGUGUGCCACCAUUCUAUAAUAGAGAUUUGAAAAAAACUAAAAGCUUCCUGAUUUAACAACAGAUUUCUUUUCAUGAGGAGCUUGGGUGGUACAAGUGGUUUGCAGUCAGCUGCUAACCUAAAGAUUGGUGGUUCGAACCCACCCUGUGGCUUCAUGGAAGAAAGGCCUAGUAAACUGCUUCCAUAAAGAUUACAGCCAAUAAAACCCUAUGGAGCAGUUCUACUCUAUAACACAUAGGGUCACUAUGAGUCAAGGGAUGACUUGAUAGCGACUAAUAACAACAUCCUUUCACAAAUAGUUGUUCUAAAUAAAUAUCACCCCAAAGUUCUUCAGUUUAUGUUGCUUCAGAAACAGAGAUUAAGAAGUACUCAUUACUUUAAUUUUUAUUGUAUAAAUCUGAUUUUCCUAAUUCUUUUCAGUUACUUUGGCAAAUAUUUUAGGGAAUGCAAAAAUGAAUAAGCAUGGUAUUUGCCUUCCUGGAGUGUAUAGUCUAACAGGGGACAGAUAAGUAUAAAAUAAUGUAAUACCAAACCAAAAACCAAACCCAGUGCCAUCGAGUUGAUUCCGACUCAUAGCGACCCUACAGGACAGAGUAGAACUGCCCCAUAGAGUUUCCAAGGAGCGCCUGGCAGAUUUGAACUGCCGACCCUUUGGUUAGCAGCUGUAGCAUUUAACCACUAUGCCACCACAGUUUCCUCAAAAACAUAAUGUAAGAAGAAUAGAAAUUUGUUAAGUACUGACUAUGUAAAAGGAACCUACUAAGUGCUUUACAUGUAUUAUUUUAUUUAAUCCUCACAACCCCAAUGAGGAAGGUACUACCAUUAUUCCCACUUUAUAGGUGAGGAAUCUGAGGCCCAGAUUAGAAAUACUCAAUUCGACUCGACGGCAACAACAACAACAAAGUAGUAAGUGGCACAACCUGCAUUCAGAACUAGCUUUAUCAGAUUCUAGGACCUAUACUGUAUCUGCCAUGGUAUAAUACGGAUAUAGAAACAAUUGUACUAAAGAGGAAGAAAUCACAUCUGACCUGAAAGACCAAAAAAAGAUUUCUUAAAGGUGGUACCAUCUAAGGUGGAUUUGAAACAUUAGCUAUGAUGGUGGCAUGAUCAGAAGUGUGCUUCAGGAGCAUUAUUGUGUCAGCAGGAAAGGGAGAACUGGAGUUAAGAUAGACUAUAGUUAGGUACCUGUUAUGUGCCAGGCACUGUUCUAGGUCUCUGCCCUUGUAGAGCUUACACUAAUAGAAGGAGAUAGAAGAAGAAAUAAAUGUAUGAGAUGUUAGUUGUGAUAAAAGCUAUUAAGAAAAAUGAGGCAGGAUAACGAAAUGGAGGACAAAGCAGGAGAGAUCAUGUUUUAGAAAGGGUUAUAAGGGAAAGUUUCUCUGCUAAGGUAGCAUUUGAGAGUGCUAAGAAGUAGUGGAUUCCAAUAUAAUUUAAAGGUAGAACCAGUGGGGUUUGGCAGAAAAAAUUGCAUGCAGCAUGUAAGUGAAAGAAAAAAGGCAAAAGCCCUGGGACACAUACUUGGGGGAUGUCCUUAAUGAUAUUCCAAAGGGCCUGUGAAUAUCAACAGCAAACUCUCCUUUAUGAUUAUGUUGGGCAAGUUGGUUGAAUUGCCCUGGGCUCUACACCCUUCUAGAGACUGCCCUGCUAAUGACUAAGGUUUUGGAUCUGAAAGAAGGAAAAAUGAACUCGUAGUAAACUAAAACGGAGAAAAUUAUGAAGGAACAGAUUUAGUGGGGGUGGUGGAGUGGACAGAGCAAUCAAGAAUACAGUUUAGAACCUAUUAAAUUGGAAUGCCUAUUAGAAGUCUAAUUGUACAGAGUACACAUUCUUGCCAUGAGCAGGAAUGGAAUAUUAACCAAGAUAGACCAUGUUUUGGGCCAUAGGCACACCUUAAUGAAUUUAUAAAGAAUAGAAAUCAUAUAAAGUAUACUCUCAGAUGACAAUGGAAUUAAACUACAAAUAACAGAAAGAUAAAUGGGAAAUCACAAAAUAUUUUAAGAUUAAACAACAUACUUCUAAAUAGCAUAUAGGUCAAAGAAAUCACAAGAAAAAACUUUAAAAAUAUUUUUAUUAAAUAAAAAUAGAACUUAUAAUUUGUGGAAUAUAGCAAAAGCAGUGCUUAAAGGGAAAUUUACAGCAUAAAAUGCAUUUGGUAGAGAAGAAGGAAGAUCUAAAAUCAAUCUAAGCCCUCCACUUUAGGAAGCUAGAAAAAGAAAAGCAAAUUAGAUAUAAAGUAAGCAGAAGAAAAAGGAGAAAUCGAUGAAAUCAAAAACAAGAAAUUAAUAGAGAGAAUUAAUGAAACCAAAAGCUGGUUCUUUGAAAAGAUAAAUAAAAUUGAUAAAACUCUAGCCAGGCUAACCAAGAAAGAGAGAAGACACAAAUUACUGCUAUUAGAAAUGAAAGAGGAGCCAUUACUACUGAUCUCAUGGACAUUAAAAGGCUAAUAAAGGAAUAUUCAGAACAACCCUACACCCAUAAAUUUGAUAACUUAGCUGAAACGAAACAUUUUUCCUUUUUGAAAGACACAAUCACCACAACCAAGCGGUAUUUAUUACAGGUAUAUAAGGUAUAUAAGGCUGGCUCAAUAUUAAAAAAGCAAUUAAUGUAAUCCAUCAUAUCAACAGGCUGUCAUAUCAAUAGAUACAGAGAAAGCAUUUGACAAAAUCUGAUAUUCAUGAUAAAAACUUUUAGCAAACUUGGUAUAGAGGAGAACUUCCUCACUUCAUAAAGAACAUUUAUUAAAAAACCUACAACUAUGUCUAUUUAAUGGUGAGAAACUAGAUGCUUUCCCUCUAAGAUUGGCACCAAAGCAAGGAUUGUCCCCUCUUACUACUAUUCAACAGCAUACUGGAAGUCUUAGGUAAUGCAAUAAGACACAAAAGGAAAUAAGAUGUAUACAGAUUGAGAAGGAAGAAAUAAAACUGUCUUUGUUCACAGAUGGCACGACUGCCUAGAAAAUCCCAAAGAAUUUAUGAAAGCUCUUCUGGAACUAAUGAAGCAAGGUUGCAGGAUACAAGGAGUAAAGAAGGUGAACCAAAAAGGAGAGGAGACUAUAGACACAGAAGAAUGUCUGGCAACGAAGAAAGGAAGAGUCAAGGAGAGCCUAAAGAAGACACAACCUCAUUAGCUGAUGCUGUAGAGCAAGUCGCAAAGCAACAGCAGUCACAAACAUCGGAAAUAGAAAGAAACAAAAAGGUGCUGUUCCAUUUGCAGAAUGAACUUCAUGAGCUUGAAAAACAAAUAGCAUCUGUCUCUGCAGAAACUAAAGAAACAGAAAGGCAAAUUUAUCAGCAAGAUGCUGCCAUAGAGAAUACCAAACUUCAGUGUAGAAGCCUGGAAACUCAGAUCAAAUCCUUACAUACAGAAAAUGUAAAGCUUAAAUUUGACAUAGAAGCAGCCCAAGAAGAUUUUGAGGAGUGCAUGAUAAGACAUAAUGCAUAUUAUGCAAAAAUAAGGGCACAUAAAGAUAGUGUGGAAGAGACAGAAAGCAAAUGGUCAUUGAUGACUGAACUCCAUGAAAAACAAAAUCUUAUUAAAAAACUAAUGACAAUGAAAGAGGAACUUAUGCAAGAUCUCCAAAAUCCAGAAGGAAACCGCAUAAAGCAAGUACAGGAAGACAUUACAAAGCUAAGUGACAAAAUUAUAACCAUAAAAGAAUCCAUCAUUGAAAAAACUUGUUUUCUUGAGAAAGAAAAAAAGACACAUGAAAAAUUAAGAAAAGAAAUAGAGGUACAGCAUAAGAGAUAUGAUGCAAUUCUUAAGCGAUUGCAUUGUCAGGUGAAAAAGUGUCAGUCAAAUAGAAGGCAGUGGCAAUGGAACAUUCAACAACUGGAAAAAACUGCAGCUGAGCUAAGAAAACGCAUUGGAAUGCAAGAUUGUCAUACGGCAACGUGGCACACAGACCGUGCCAACUCAAAUUGUGGGACACAGUGUUGAGAAAAUCCUUUGGAUUCUAAACAACCAGCAUCCACUCUCAGAGGUUGUCUUAAUGACAGAUAUAUUUUCUCCUUUUCUGAAUAGUCAUCCAUUUACUAGAGCGUAUUCCAACCCUGCAACUGAUAGUAGUAGAUAGAUAAUAGGAAGGUUUACUGGAAAAUAGUGGAAGACUAUGAAUGUUCUCAGUGUGUAAGAUGUAUUGUACUUAUGAGUGCCUGUUUAUAACCAUGUUGCAGUCCCCCCCAUAAAAAAAAAAAAAUCUUAGAAGAAAAGCUUGGAUUUCCAAUGAUUUAAAUUGUUAAGAUGUAAAAAAGGGUUGCCUAUUUCAAACUUUUUUUUAGAACUUGUUCUUUUACACCGUCUUCACAUUAGCCCAUAAAUAUGGACAUUUAAAGUAAUGUUAUUAUAUGUUCAAUGCUUCAGAUAUUUUACUCAGUUUUCCUUUUUAUCCAGUAGGUAGUUACCAUUUUUUCCUUUGUUAUUAGAUAAAUUUUUUUUAUUAGAUAACAUAUUUUUAGAGUGAUGCAGUGCACAAAAUAUUUUGUUCACUUUUUUAUCUGUAAAUUCUUUAUCCCUAUUUUGUGACCAAAUUAAAUUAUAACAUUGCA